ACCGAGGGAAUCGGAGUGAGAGCCGAGAGCGGCCCGAACGCGGCGGGGUCCGUCAUGAGGAGGUUCUUCCGAGCGCACAGGGACGAGGACUACAGUCAGAUCCAGUAUCUGACGGCCAAGUGCACCCGGCUGGCUCACGACAAAGCGGUGCUGGACAGGGAGUCCCUGGUGGCCAGAGACCGGGACAGGAAGCUGCGGAGCGACCUGGAGGCCGCCGCCGCUCGACUGCGCCGCCAGGAGCAGAUGAACGUGGAGCUCAGGGCGAGAGAGGAGCAUCUCAUCGGCAAGAUCCACCGGCAGCAGCACCUGGUGGACCUGCUGCAGCAGCGCGUGGUCCUGCUGGCGGAGGCGAGCUCCCGCGACGGCGAGCUGCUGCGGCAGGUCGGCUCGGAGCUGCUGUGCCUGCAGAGCUCCGAGGUGCAGAUGGAGGGCCUGGUGGAGGAGCUGCACGCCGAGGCCCAGCACAGGGCCGCGGUGGCGGUGGGCCUCCAGACGGAGCUGCGCGUCGAGGCCCACCGCAGAGCCGCGCUGACGGGGGGCCUGCAGGCGGAGCUGCUCAGGAAGACAGCCGAGCUGGAGGAGCUGCAAGGCACCAACAGAACGCUGACGGAGAAGAUGGAGGAUUUACGCUCCGCUCAUCAGAAGGAGGUGAGGGAGCUGCAGCAGGACAACGAGGGCAGUCUGAGGAAGCUGCAGGGGACCGCGGAGCAGUUUGAGUGGCUCUGUCAGCAGCAGCGCCACUGGAUGUGUUGCAUCAAGAGGUGGGUGCCGGUCUCCCUGCAUCCCAUAAUAAGCAAACAUCCAUAUUAACGCAGCAACAAUAGAUAAACAAGCCGUAUACUGUCUCUUUUCUCUGGCUUUUCAAGCCAAAAGGUCA